AAACCAGUGACAGAACAAGGAUCUGUCAGAGAUCAAACCAGAAACAUUCUGGAACUUCAAGAGUGUUGAAGAAGAAGACAGGUGAUUAUUUGAGAGUUAAAAUGAGUUCAGCUGAAGAGAAGUUUGAAACAAAGGAGGGAACUCCAUCUUCAGAGGAUGAGAGAUACAUUCACAAAGUUUCAGUUCCACCAAAGCAGAAACUGUUCCAAGAAAUCAAAUCUGGAGUGAAGGAAACAUUCUUCCCUGAUGAUCCUCUCCGUUCAUUCAAGGAUCAAACGAAUCGCCGCAAAUUUAUCCUCGGAAUCCGGGCCGUUUUCCCUAUUCUUGAAUGGGGAAGAGAUUACAAUAUCUCCAAGUUUAGAGGAGAUGUCAUUGCUGGACUCACCAUUGCCAGUCUCUGCAUUCCUCAGGAUAUUGGGUAUGCAAAGCUUGCAAAUUUGCCUCCAGAGUAUGGAUUAUAUUCAAGUUUUGUUCCACCAUUAAUCUAUGCACUUAUGGGUAGCUCAAGAGAUAUAGCCAUUGGUCCAGUGGCUGUUGUUUCUCUCUUGUUGGGGGCAAUGCUUCAAACCGAAAUCGAUUCGGCUACGAACGCAGAAGAAUACAGACGGCUGGUUUUUACAGCUACAUUCUUUGCAGGGAUCACACAAACCACCCUUGGAGUUCUAAGGUUGGGAUUCCUAAUUGACUUCUUGUCCCAUGCUGCUAUUGUUGGCUUCAUGGGGGGAGCUGCCAUCACCAUUGCUCUCCAACAGCUCAAGGGAUUUCUUGGCAUAAAGAAUUUCACAAAGAAAACCGAUAUUAUCUCGGUUAUGCAGUCGGUAUUCGGCACGAUGCAACACGGAUGGAACUGGCAGACAAUAGUGAUUGCUGCAACCUUCUUAUGCUUUCUUCUAUUAGCAAAAUUCAUUGGGAAGAGGAACAAGAAGCUGUUCUGGGUGCCUGCUAUUGCUCCACUCAUAUCUGUUGUUCUGUCUACCCUUUUGGUUUACCUUACUCGUGCUGAUAAGCAAGGGGUUGCAAUUGUGAAACACAUAAAGAAAGGGAUCAAUCCCCCAUCUGUGAAAGACUUGUAUUUCUCAGAUCAACACCUUCUAAAAGGGCUUAAGAUCGGUGCCGUGGCGGGUAUGGUAGCAUUGACGGAAGCCGUAGCGAUCGGAAGAACGUUCGCUGCAAUGAAAGACUAUCAAAUUGAUGGGAACAAGGAAAUGGUAGCAAUGGGAGUCAUGAAUGUUGUUGGUUCAAUGACUUCCUGCUAUGUAGCAACAGGUUCAUUCUCUCGAUCAGCCGUAAACUACAUGGCUGGCUGCCAAACUGCAGUAUCCAACAUUGUGAUGUCCCUUGUAGUAGUCCUAACUCUGGCAUUCAUCACUCCACUUUUCAAAUAUACUCCAAACGCUAUCCUAUCUGCUAUCAUUAUAAAUGCUGUGAUCAACCUGGUUGACUUGCAUGCAGCGAAGUUGAUAUGGAAGAUUGAUAAAUUUGAUUUUGUUGCUUGUAUGGGAGCCUUCCUCGGUGUCAUCUUUUUCUCUGUAGAGAUGGGCCUUCUAAUUGCGGUAUCCAUUUCCUUCGCCAAAAUCCUUCUACAAGUUACCAGACCACGGACUGCACUUCUUGGAAAGAUCCCAAGGACAACCGUUUAUAGAAACAUACAUCAAUAUCCCGAAGCAACCAAAGUUCCUGGCGUUUUGAUUGUGAGAGUUGAUUCAGCCAUUUACUUUUCCAACUCAAAUUACAUCAAGGAAAGGAUAUUGAGAUGGCUGGUUGACGAGGAAGAAUUAACAAAAGAGUCCUACCAGAACAAAAUCCAGUUUCUAAUAGUUGAAAUGUCACCUGUAACUGACAUAGACACAAGUGGCAUACAUGCUUUGGAAGAACUAAAUGGGAGUCUCAAGAAACGAGAAAUACAGCUGAUUCUAGCCAAUCCAGGGCCCGUGGUGAUCCACAAGCUUCACGCAUCAGAGUUUGCAGAUUUGAUAGGACAAGACCAUAUAUUUCUCACAGUAGCAGAUGCAGUAUCAUCGUGUAGUCCUAAGAUAAUGAACGACGUUUGACAGAGAAAAACAACAAAAGUUAGGGAUUUGUUUGUUUAGUACAAGACAAGAUAAGAGGCACUCACCAAGCUGGGGCAUAUAGCUCAACCCACACAGUGUUCAUCAGUAGUGGGAUGGAUUAUGGGAGUGAAAGGGAAAGGAAAUAGUGUAAAAUGGGAAAGUGGCAUUGUAUCAUGUUCUUAAAUCAAAAAAGAAAGAACAAAUCAGAGAUAAAAAUUGAAUUUAUCUUGUUCUUUCCACAGAAAUAUAUAACAGCAAAUAUAAAAUGGAAUUCACAGAACA